AUGUACGCCGUUGCAGAGCCUAACAACGAGAGCCGUCAACGCUUUGGACGAAAGUACGUCUGGGGAGAAAAGCAGCCGGUUAUAGGUCAAGAAUUCAAGGACUGGAAGAGCUGGCUGGACUGGGAGAAAGACAGACGCAGCAAGCUGGAUGGUUCGUCUUCGUCGACUGAUAUUGGAGUUGACGGCGUCUUCAUCUGCACUCUGGAUGACUCACACCUGGAGAUAGUCCAAGCCAUCGCGCCAUUGAAUCUACAUAUAAUGUGCGAGAAACCACUAGCUCUGUCUCUGAAGGACAUUCUUCUAGCCUCUAAGGCUAUUACAGAUGCAUCUCCAACAUCACCGUUGCCGUCAAAGAUAUUCUCGAUUGGCCAUGUACUUCGGUACAGCCCGCACAACCAGCUGCUUCGCAAACUCCUCCUUAUAGACAGGGUGAUAGGAGACAUUAUAUCUCUGGAGCAUACAGAGCCAGUGGGGUGGUCUCACUUUGCUCAUAGUUAUGUUCGUGGGAAUUGGAGAAGAGAGACAGAAAUUGGAGAUGGCAGCUUAUUGACUAAAUGCUGCCAUGAUAUCGACUUCAUACUGUGGCUGCUCUGCUCACCUCCGCCAGGGGCACCAGUGGAUUACCCCGAGCAUCUACCACGAACUAUCACCUCUACGGGGAUGCUUGCCCAAUUUACCAAGGCGAACAAGCCCGUUGCAGCUGGAGAUAGCACAAACUGCCUUUCCUGCCCCAUUGAACGGGAUUGCAUAUAUAGUUCUGUCAAGAUAUAUAAUGACCUAUGUCUGGCGAAAGGCAGUACAGGCUUCCCAGCGCAUAACGUAUACCCGGAAAUCGAAGACGUUCUCUCAAAACAUGGCAUGGAAACAGCAAAGAAAAACCUCCUGGACAUCCUAGCGCAAGACUACGACGUCAAGACAACGCGUGAUGAGAAUAUUGCUUUGCGCCCAUGGUACGGGCGAUGCGUGUACGAGUCUGAUAACAGCGUAUGCGAUGACCAAUUCGUCACCAUGUCCUGGGGAAACGACCCCAUACCACACAGCCUUGAUAUUGGAUCAGAAUCAAACACGCAAUCACCACUUGGCAACAGGGGUUCCAAGCUCGCUACACUGCAUAUGGUGGCUCCCACCGAAUCCCAGUGUGUACGCCGUGGUCGUAUAUCUGGCACUCUGGGCGAAAUAACAUAUGAUGGUGAGACAAUUAGCAUUUUCACUUUCGGGACGGGAGAGACGAAGAAGUAUUCCAUAGCUCCACCGCCCCCGGAAGAAGCAGAGUCCCAUGGGGGUGGGGAUUAUGGACUCACAAGGGCCUUUGUCAGGGCGGUGGACUCCGUAGAAAAUAAGGGGUGGGAUGUAAAGAAGGCUCAGAUCGAGAUUCUGGGAUGUACCUUGGAAGAGGCCAUUCGAAGCCAUGCUGUUGUCUUUGCGGCCGAAGAAGCACGAAGGGAAGGGCUCGUGGUAAAUUGGAAGGACUGGUGGGCGAGGAAGAUAUCGCAAAUGCUGAAUUAA